CGAGUCCCCAGAAAGGCGGUGGAUUUCUUUCCUGUCUGUUUUGAAGCAGUUCGUCGGCGGGGAGCCGAGGGUCGGAUCACUGUCUGUGGGGCAAAUUGAUCAAGUUCCCUUGGUUAGGCCUGUGUUAUGAGAUUUAUCGGAAGAAAAACACACAACGGGAAGCAACCACGACUGAAGACGAGGGAACAGCAACAAGUGAACCUGCCCUAGGACUGAGAGCACAAACUGGAGAAAACCCUUCUGACUCGGAGUUUCCAUUGAUUCAGUCAAGAGAAAGUUUGAUUGCUGUAUGUAAUUCAGAGCAUCACCAGCAGGUGGAGGUUACCUGCACUGGGACCAGGUGUGCACAAGAAGACAACAAUCAACAAUCGUCAGUCAGAAUCAGAAUGGCUACAGAGCCACAGUUUACAAUUUCUGGCCUCCUGGAACAGGGGGGUGAGUAUCGACUGUACCAACUGACAAAGUUCUACAGGGACAGACUCAAACAAGCAAUUGAAGAAAAGGUUGAGAGACUCGGUUGGAUGUUGACAAAGGAGGGACAUUUCAGUAGAGAAGAAAAUGAGAAAGUCACUGAGCUGACAGAGAAGGGAAACCGGACAGAGAGUUCCAGACUAUUUCUCAGUUUGGUGAUGGGCAAAGGCUCCCAGGCCCGAAGGGCGAUGUGGGAAUCCUUUGUGACAUGGAGGACAGAGCUACCGAAGUUGGACAAAAUACUGAGAGAAAUACAGGAACUCGGUCCUGAUCCACAGGUAUACAUGAAUAUCUACCAAGGGUUAUCUGAGUUACCCACUCAUUUGAUAGAUGUUCAACAGAAACACAAGGAGACUCUGCGGACACAAACUGAAAAACUGAGAGUGAACACGAUUCUGAUGCGGGAGAAGGUGAAGGUUUUCCAGCUGGUUGAUCGAUACGCUGAGCUCACGGUCAUUUCUACUGUUCGAGAUCGGACACUGGUGGAACAUGAGCUGCUGGCAAGAGGCAGAGACCACGAGGAAUGGAGAGAGAACAAUCUCCGCACAGAGCUGGAAAAAAUCCGGACCGAUCAGUUAUUCCAGAGCAGCUAUUCCAGGAGUAAAUCCAAAUCUGGGACUUCGGCAGUAGUGGUUGGAGGCCCGGGGAUUGGGAAAACAACAAUGGUACAAAAAACUGUUUAUGACUGGACCACAGGCAAAAUAUACCAACAAUUCCAAUUUAUCUUCAGUUUCAAAUUCCGGGAUUUAAACUCCAUUAACUGCAGAAUAAACCUGAGAGAGCUGAUUCUGGAUCAAUAUCCUUACUUUGGGAAUUUACUGAAUGAGGUCUGGAAGAACCCAGAGGGAUUGCUAUUUAUAUUCGAUGGUUUGGAUGAAUUCAAUCACAGAAUCGAUUUUUCUGACAAUCGGAGAGAUACAGAACCCAAGCACCAGUGCCCAGAUCCCGAGUGGUGGUGUGAAGUGUCCGACAUUGUGUAUAGUUUAAUCCAGGGCAAGCUGCUCCCAGGGUGUUCAGUGCUGGUGACCACCCGCCCCACUGCGUUACAUUUACUGGAAAUGGCCGAGAUCAGUGUCUGGGCUGAAAUCCUCGGAUUUGUGGGCGAGGAACGCAAGGAAUACUUCUUCAGGUAUUUUGAAGAACAGAUGGUGGCAUCAGCUGUUUUCAAACAUGUGGAAGAAAACAAGAUCCUGUACACCAUGAGCUACAACCCCUCCUAUUGCUGGAUCCUCGCUCUGGCACUAGGCCCAUUCUUCACACAAAGAGUCAGAGACCCACAGCGAGUUCCCAAGACCAUCACCCAACUGUACUCCUACUAUAUUUACAACAUCCUAAAAAACCACGGCCGUGAGUUUGAGAACCCCCGUGAUGUGUUACUCAGGAUUGGUCAGAUGGCCUUCAAAGGAGUGUCUUCAAAGAAUAUUGUGUUUACAGAUGGAGAUUUGAUCAAGUACGAUCUGCAGCCUUCCCAGUUCCUGUCCGGCUUCCUGAUGGAGCUUUUGGAGAGAGAGGAUUCUGCCCGGAGCGUGGUGUACACAUUCCCACACCUCACCAUCCAAGAGUUUGUAGCCGCUCUCGCACAAUUCCUGACUCCGUAUGCCGGGGGUAUCCUGAAAUUCCUCACUGAAGCCCACAGCACAACAGAUGGGCGAUUUGAAGUAUUUCUCCGUUUUGUUGCUGGUCUCUCCUCCCCACUGACAGCUCGGGGCCUGGUGGAGUUUCUGGGUCCAUUUCCUUAUCAAACAACUUGCCGGGUGAUUGACUGGGUGAAGGAGGAGGUUCAACGUCAUAGUCGAAACACUGGGUUUCGAUAUAGUAAAAGGAGACUCCUGAACGCAUUGCACUACCUGUUUGAGUCUCAGAAUCGAGUUCUGGUUCAGCUCGCACUGGGAUCUGUGGAAGCACUUUCAUUCGAUAUGAUGACACUGACCCCGAUUGACUGCGAAGUCCUGUCUUAUGUCAUCGGACUCUGUGAUACAAUAAAACACCUCGACCUGUAUCGUUGCCACAUUCAGUAUGAAGGAAUCCAGCGGCUGGGACUCAGGCUGCACAAGCGCCAGGAGUUGAGACUUGGGAGGAAUGACCUGGGAGAUUCAGGAGUGAAACUGAUGUCUGCGGCUCUGAGGAACCCGGAGUGUAAAAUACAGAAACUGGGGCUGGAAAAAGUCGGUCUCACAGUUUCUGGUGCCGAGGAUCUCGUCUCCGCUCUCAGUACUAACGCAUCACUGAUGGAGCUGGAUUUGAGUGACAAUCAACUGGGAGAUUCAGGAGUGAAACUGGUGUCUGUCGGUCUGAGGAACCCAGAGUGUAAACUUCAGAAACUGUGGCUGAACAAUGUUCGUCUCACAGAUUCUGGUGCCGAGGAUCUCUUCUACGCCCUCAGUACAAACCGGUCACUGACGGAGCUCAACCUGAGUGGUAAUAAAUUGGGAGAUUCAGGAGUGAAAAUUCUGUCUGCGGCUCUGAGGAACCAUGAGUGCAAAAUACAGAAACUCGAGCUUAAGGUGGUCGGUCUUACAGAUUCUAUUGUCGAGGAUCUUGUCUCCACUCUCAAUGCAAAUCGCUCACUGACGGAGCUGAACCUUAGUGAUAAUGAACUGGGGGAUUCAGCAAUGAAAUUGGUGUCUGCAGCUCUAAAGAACCCGGAGUGUAAAAUACAGAAACUGGUGCUGAACAAUGUGGGUCUCACAGAUUCUGGUGUCGAGAGUCCCGUCUUCAUUGUGAGUACAAACCCAUCACUUACGGAACUGGACUUGAGUUACAACCUGCUCACAGACCUAUCUGUUCCUGCUCUCCGCCGCAACGUACUGAUGCUCCCGUGUCUAGAAUGGAUCCGACUGGGGUAUAAUAAACUCAGUGAGACCGGAAAGAAGGAACUGGAGUCUCUGCCGGAACCGAGACCCAGACUCAGAGUGAUCGUGUGAAUAUCUGAAUGUUUGAACAUUCCCGACUGCGAGAUGGGAAUAUUAGGGCCGAUUCCACACCUUCUCCUUUAAUGGCCGACCUUCUGUUUACUUUCCUACGGAAAAGGAUUUUUCAGUACAUAGAAGGUAAAAGAGUGUCGAGGGUAGAUAUAGGACCAGAAUGACGCUGGAGGUAACUAAGCUGCGUCAUCACAUUAAAUCACGCAGUGGCAUGAAGUCAACUUGGCAAAUCCAGCCACGAACUGCCCCUCCUCACAGGGUGGAGUCUUCCUUUUAUAACCUGUAAAAAAAACCUGUCACAUGAUCUCUACUGGCGGGAAAAUGACAUCACUCCACCAGCACAAGACCAUUACCUCAAGUCCAGUAUAGCUUCAACCCCAGUCACGUGACAAGGGUACCACUGUUAUGUGUCACGAGUACGUAACAACAGGACAUUCAAGAAUGUCAGCAAAGUGAUGUCUGUGUACUGAAAAUUACGACUGAGAAGGUACACAGGAAGCACCUGAUAGUAGAUGGUCUGAUAGUAGAUAAAUCUCCUAGACAUUAUGGAAUGCAUCAUCGGGUCAGAAGGAGUAACUGAGGAGAUUGCAGAGAUGAUCUUUCGAGGAUUGAUAGAUUCUGGCAUUGUGCCAGAUGACUUUAAAAUUGCAAGUGUUACUCGACGAUUUAAAAAGGGUGGGAGGCAGCAGAAAGGAAAUUUCACAUGUGGUAGCCUGACAUCAGUGAUUGAGAUACUGUUGGAAUCGAUUGUUAGGGAUGUGAUUACGGAAUACAUCGAGGCACAUGACAAGACAGGCCAAAGGCAGCAAGGUGACCUGAAAAGAAAAUUCUGCCUGAUAAACCAACUGCAAUUAUUUGAGGAAGUUGCAAGUCGGUUAAGCAAAGGAGAUGCAGCAGAUGUGGUGUUCUUAGAUUUCCAGAAGGCCUUUAACAAUGAGCCGCACAUAAGGCCGCUUAGGACAUGGAAUUAUAGGGAAGUAACUUGCAUGGGUGGAGCACUGGCUGAUCAUCAGAAAUCAGAGAGUGGGAAUAAAGGGAUCAUAUUCUGCCUGCUGCCGAUUACCAGCAGAGUUCCACAGUGGUCCGUGUUGGGACCGCUGCUUUUUGCGAUGUAUGCCAAUGAUUAAUGGACGGGAUUCGUGGAUUGGUGGCUAAAUUUGCCGAUGACGCCAAGGUAGGUGGAGAAGCGGGUAGUGUUCCUGAAGUCUGCAGAACGACAUGGAUAGUUUGGGGGAAUGGGCAAAUAAGUGGCAAAUGAAACACAGUAUUGGAAAGUGUAUGGCCAUGCGCUUUGAUGGAACAAAUAAACGGAACGACUAUUAUUUAGACGGGGAGAUGAAAAUGUAGAAAUAAAAAGAGUUUGGGAGUCCUUGUGCCAGGUACACUAAAGGUUAACUUCCAGGUUGAGAUAGUUGUGAAGAAGGCGAAUGCAAUGUUGGCAUUCAUUUCUAGAGGUAAGCAAUAUUAGAGCUGGGAGGUGAUGUUGAGGCUCUAUAAGGCACUUGUGAGACCACACGUAGUGUUAUGUGCAGUUUUGCACUCCUUAUUUUAGAAAGGGUAUAAUGACAUUGGAGAAGGUUCAGAGAAGCUUCUGGAGAAUGAUUCCAGGAAUGAAAGGGUUCCCGUACUAGGAACGUCUGGCUGCUCUUGGGCUGUAUUCCCUGCAGUUCAGGAGAAUAGGGGUGAAGUGGGGUGAUUUCAUAGAAACAUUCCGAAUAUUGAAAAGCCUGAACAGAUCAGAUAUGGCAAAGUUAUUUCCCGCAGCAGUAGAGUCUAGGACAGGAGGGCACUACCACACAUGCGGACAAAUUACGUUAUUCAGAGGGUGGUAAAUCUGUGGAAUCUUUUGUCUCGAGCUACAGUGGAGGCCAAGUCACCGCGUAUUUAGGGCAGAGAAAGAAAGGUUAGACAGGGCAUCAAAGGGUAUGGGGAGAAGGCAUAGGAGUGGGGAUGACUGGAAGAAUUGCUUCAGCACUCGAUUGAAUGGCGUAAUAGACUCCAUUGGCUUAAAGGCCUACUUCCUCUUAUAUCUUAUGGUCAUAUGGUGUUAUAAUGUCCUCCAGCUUCAUUUCUAUGAUGCCAGAGGCGGUCCUGUAGUGACGUAUAUUCCCCACAUGCCCAGCGUCGCUGCCUCCGCCGAAAGUCCGAGUUCGAUAUCCCACGAAGUGAGACCCACGGAAUGACACCGACGGGAAGACCCCGCAGGGUGGGGCUCAGUCAGGCUCACCAGUGUCCUUGAGUGGAAUUAUCGCAGAAGAGAAUUAAUUUGCUCUCUCUAGGCUGAGGACAGUGCAAUCUGCUGUCUGGUCGAUAUAAUGGUAUCAAAUUGACAAAUACCUUGGCAUUGUCCGUCGACUUGCAGUCAACUUUGAAGUGUGAUUUCGUAAUCAUCGGUUACCCGAUGCAGAGUGACAGUGAGAAAAUGGACUAAUUACUCAACCUGUCAUUCCUUCUCGCCGGUCAGUUAAUUGUGUGUGAAUGUGAGUGAAUAGUGAGCAGCUAUUUAUUCCUGCACGUUAGCAGCUCACACAUUGUUUAAUUUACAUUUGUCAUGAUGAAAGCAAUAAACAGAUGUAACUUCACCAAGUACACUGCAGAUGCUGUGAUCAAAUCAAGACGUAUAAAAAAGCUGGAUGAACUCAGCAGAUCGGGCAGCAUCCGUUGAAAGAAGCAGUCAACGUUUCGGGUCGAGACCCUUCGACAGGACUAAA